AUGUCGAAGGUGGACCCUUCGCUCCCAUAUGAUCCAUUUUUGAAGCAUUUGGGCAAUAAUGACAAUUAUAUCAAGGCAUUGUGCUUGCACAGCUUGACAAUUCUCCUUUCUAAAGCCGACAAACAAGGCAAUUCGGGUGCUGAAAUCGAUAACGAGGUUUUGAUUAAACUUUUCGAUACGUUGUCUUCGAACCAUUUCAUCGGUAGCAACGAGUCUAGUUAUCAAGCAAUUGGAAUCCAGAUCUUGCAAGAGUUGGUAAUAAGCAAGAAUUUCAGACAGGUGUACCAGAAACACAAUUUAGUUUCCAAUUUCAAGUCCAUAAACCACUUGAUUUCCAACCUGGCUAGACUUCCCAAUUCGUCCAGUUUACAGUUAUCUUACAACGUAUUGUUGACUACGUGGGUUUUGUCGUUCAGCGCAGACAUUAAUAGGCUAUUGAUUCACAACUACCCGGAUCUCAUUGGCAGCCUCUUGACCAUCUCCAAGGACUCCAUCAAAUUGAAGAUUGUCAGAAUGGCGGUUUCCAUUUUAAAGAACUUUGUCUCAGUGUCAAGUAGCGAGAGCGACAAGUUCAGAACCAUCAAAAUCAUCUUGUUUGAUGAUGGACUUUCCAUAAUGAAGACUUUGCAGGAACGUAAAUUUGCCUCGAGCGGUAGCGAUGAUGAACUUUCCAAUGAUUUGCAAUAUCUCGUCGACACUUUGAGCGAAGUUGUUUCUGAAAAAUUGUCGUCUCUAGAUGAGUAUCUCACCCAGCUCGACAAUCCCAACCUCAUCAGUUGGUCUUCUCCAGUGCAUAAAUCGUCUCAAUUCUGGUUAGAAAAUUCGGGUAAAUUCAAGGACAAUUCUUUCAAACUCGUCAAGCGGAUCUUUCAGAUAUUGGACCUGGAGGCCCAUGUGCCAGCCAAGGUGAUUUUGUUGAACAAUCUUCAAUCUUUAAUCAAAAAUUUGGGCCAAGAUUUGGUCAAGUUCAUCAACGAAGCCAACGGUGGUGCGUAUAAAUUGCGUAUUAUGACGCUCUUAGACAAAAAUGAUGGUGAUAACGAAUUGAAGUAUGAGGCUUUGAAAACGAUACAACUCUUGGUGGGCCAUAACUUUUAA